UUCCACUAAAAACAUUCUCUCAUUAAAAUCCGCACACGCGCCAAUCAUUCCCCCAGAUCUGCUCACUUCCAUUCAUAUACACACCGAAAACAAACAACGCUCGGCACUGUGUUGAGCGAGGGAAGGAGGUAGGGCUUCGCUUUUCGUCAUGGAGGGGAAGCUGAUUGCCAGGCUCGAAUCCGCGGUGGCGCGGUUGGAGGCGCUAUCUUCAUCGGGGUGCAGGGACCGUGGCAUUGCGGACUUUGCUGGAGCUGAUUUGGCCACGGAUCCGUCAAGUAUUGCGUUCGACAAUCUAUUGGCGCAGUUCUUUGGUAAGCUUUCGGCUGCUGCUGAGAAGAUUGGAGGUCAGGUUUUGGAGGUCACGAAUAUUGUGCAUCAGGCUUUUUGUGUUCAGAAGGAGCUUCUCUUUAAGGCUAAGCAUACUCAGAAACCUGACAAUGCGGGGUUGGCUGAAUUUCUCAAGCCAUUGAAUGAAGUGAUCAUGCAAGCAAAUGCAAUGACAGAGGGAAAGAGAUCUGAUUUCUUUAACCACUUGAAGUCUGCUGCUGACGGCCUGACAGCUAUGGUCUGGAUUGCUUAUACAGGAAAAGAUUGUGGUAUGAUCAUGCCUAUUGCACAUGUCGAAGAGAGUUGGCAAAUGGCUGAAUUUUAUAACAACAAGAUUCUUGUAGAGUACAAAAGCAAAGACCCAAAUCAUGUUGAGUGGGCCAAAGCCAUGAAGGAGUUAUAUUUGCCAGGUUUGAGGGAUUAUGUGAAGAAUCAUUAUCCCUUGGGCCCAAUAUGGGGUGUUUCAUGCAAAAAGGCACCAACUUCUGCUACAUCUAGAGCUCUUGCUCCAGGUGCUCCUGCUCCUCCACGACCUCCACCGGCUUCUCUCUUCAGUGCUGAAUCUUCUCAGCCUUCUUCGUCAAAGCCAAAAGAAGGGAUGGCUGCUGUUUUCCAAGAACUCAACUCAAGCAAGUCUGUGACGUCAGGUCUUAGAAAGGUCACAGCUGAUAUGAAGACAAAGAACCGUGCAGAUAGGACUGGUGUUGUUGGUGCCAGUGGAAAAGAAAGCCGUACUAGUUCACCUUCUAUUUCUAAGACAGGACCUCCAAAACUUGAGCUUCAAAUGGGUCGUAAGUGGAUUGUUGAGAAUCAAAUUGGAAGAAAGGAUUUGGUAAUUGGCAACUGUGAUUCAAAACAGUCUGUAUAUGUUUUUGGUUGCAAAGAUUCUGUCUUGCAGAUUCAAGGGAAAGUCAACAAUAUAACUAUUGACAAAUGCACUAAGAUGGGAGUUGUAUUUACGGAUGUUGUGGCUGCUUUUGAGAUUGUGAAUUGCAGUGGUGUUGAGGUGCAGUGCCAGGGUUCAGCCCCUACCGUUUCUGUGGACAACACAUCAGGCUGCCAGUUAUAUUUAAGCAAAGAGUCUUUGGGAGCAUCUGUAACUACUGCCAAGGCAAGUGAGAUCAAUGUUUUGGUACCAGGGGAAGAGCCUAAUGGUGAUUGGGUGGAGCAUGCUUUGCCAGAACAGUUCAUAAAUUUAUACAAGAAUGGUCGCUUCGAGACUACUCCAGUCUCCCACUCUGGAGGUUAAUUUAAUAGUCCUACUGCCAAAAUUGGGUUUCCAGCGUCUUGUUUUUCAAUUCUAGGAUGGCUGAGGGGGCGGCUUCAACACAUUUUUUGUUUUCCAUUCCGUUUGCUGACAACAUAUGGUUGCGAUACUAUACUAUAUUCGUGAUUUUGGUCAUUUGGAAAUUUCCGCAUUAUUUUUUAAUGGUGAUUGUUCCUAGUGUUGUCUUGUGAGGGUUUUCUGACUGCGAUUGUGUUGUAUUGAGAACGAAGUUUUUGUAUUAUUUUUGCUUGGGAUCAAUAAAGGUUAAUUUGAGGAUCAA